AUGGCAUAUCACAUCCACGGUGUAUCUCAGAUGACAUAUCACAUCCUCUGUGUGUCUCAGAUGGCCACAGACUGGGGAUGUAUGGCUAGAAGUGACGUGAACGGUGAUAGCUGUGAAAACAAUUUCGUUGGGGAGGAGAGCCCAGAUUGUGGCCGCUCUAGUGACGUGAACGGUGAUAGCUGUGAAAACAAUUUCGUUGGGGAGGAGAGCCCAGAUUGUGGCCGCUCUAGUGACGUGAACGGUGAUAGCUGUAAAAACAAUUUCGUUGGGGAGGAGAGCCCAGAUUGUGGCCGCUCUAGUGACGUGAACGGUGAUAGCUGUAAAAACAAUUUCGUUGGGGAGGAGAGCCCAGAUUGUGGUCGCUCUAGUGACGUGAACGGUGAUAGAUGUGAAAACAAUUUCGUUGGGGAGGAGAGCCCAGAUUGUGUCCGCUCUAGUGACGUGAACGGUGAUAGCUGUAAAAACAAUUUCGUUGGGGAGGAGAGCCCAGAUUGUGGCCGCCCUAGUGACGUGAACGGUGAUAGCUGUGAAAACAAUUUCGUUGGGGAGGAGAGCCCAGAUUGUGGCCGCUCUAGUGACAUGAACGGUGAUAGCUGUGAAAACAAUUUCGUUGGGGAGGAGAGCCCAGAUUGUGGCCGCUCUAGUGACGUGACGGUGAUAGCUGUGAAAACAAUUUCUGACGUGAACGGUGAUAGCUGUAAAAACAAUUUCGUUGGGGAGGAGAGCCCAGAUUGUGGCCGCUCUAGUGACGUGAACGGUGAUAGCUGUAAAAACAAUUUCGUUGGGGAGGAGAGCCCAGAUUGUGGCCGCUCUAGUGACGUGAACGGUGAUAGACGUGAAAACAAUUUCGUUGGGGAGGAGAGCCCAGAUUGUGUCCGCUCUAGUGACGUGAACGGUGAUAGCUGUAAAAACAAUUUCGUUGGGGAGGAGAGCCCAGAUUGUGGCCGCCCUAGUGACAAGAACGGUGAUAGCUGUGAAAACAAUCUCGUUGGGGAGGAGAGCCCAGAUUGUGUCCGCUCUAGUGACGUGAACGGUGAUAGCUGUAAAAACCAUUUCGUUGGGGAGGAGAGUCCAGAUUGUGGCCGCUCUAGUGACGUGAACGGUGAUAGCUGUGAAAACAAUCUCGUUGGGGAGGAGAGCCCAGAUUGUGGUCGCUCUAGUGACAUGAACGGUGAUAGCUGUGAAAACAAUUUCGUUGGGGAGGAGAGCCCAGAUUGUGGUCGCAAAGCUGCACGGUCCGGCUUUCCCAUUGUGUUCAUUGAUAGCGACAUUGGCGAAUUGUGGUCGCUAAGAUGCAUGGUCCAUCUCUCUCAGUAUGUUUAA